UCUUCGCAAGUUCGUUUCGUAACAUCUUCGGCCCAAAUGCUUGAUGUCAACUUACUCGUCGUCGCUAUAAAAACAAGCAACCACCACCUAAACCUCAAAUCCUCUGAUCUCUUCGCCUUCGUUUUGGGUCUCUUUCUCUCCUCUGUUUGGUUAAUCCGUGUGCUCAGAUCUUUGUUCUUCUCACAAAUGGGUCGUGUGAGCAACAAUCUGAUUGGGAUCCUCAAUUUCUUAACCCUCCUCCUCUCUAUUCCCAUCCUCAUUGCUGGCAUUUGGCUCAGCCGCCAAGCCGACACCGACUGCGAGCGAUGGCUCGAGAAGCCGGUUAUUGUGCUCGGCGUCUUCCUCCUCCUGGUCUCUCUCGCUGGCUUGAUCGGCGCGUGCUGUCGCGUUUCCUGGCUUCUCUGGCUCUACCUAGUCGUCAUGUUCUGCCUCAUCGUUCUGGUCUUCGCCUUCACCAUCUUCGCCUUUGUCGUCACCAACAAAGGCGCAGGGCAAGCCGUGUCAAAUAGAGGUUAUAAGGAGUAUAGACUCGGUGAUUACUCUAACUGGUUGCAGAAGCGGGUUAACAACGCCAAAACCUGGAACAAAAUUCAGAGCUGUCUUCAAUCUGGGAAACUCUGCUCUAAAUUUAAAGACCAAUUUCUACAGGACAAUGUCGAGAGGUUCUAUACUGAGAACUUGUCGGCGCUUCAGUCUGGGUGCUGUAAGCCAGCGGACGAAUGUGGCUUCACCUACGUGAACCCAACGCAGUGGACCAAGCCAGCAAAUUCAACCUCUACCAACCCUGACUGUGGCCUGUGGAACAAUGACCCCAAAGUUCUGUGCUUCAAUUGCCAAUCUUGCAAAGCCGGGUUUCUUCAAAACAUAAAGACUGAUUGGAAGAAGGUGGCUGUUGUGAACAUCGUCUUCCUCAUCUUCCUUAUCAUUGUGUACUCCAUUGGAUGCUGCGCUUUCAGGAAUAACAGGGCAGAUAAUUGGAAGAGAUACUAGAGAGGUGGUUGUUGUUAGAAUGUAGAUGAUAUGCUUAGCUAUAUAUAGUUUGUUUGGUUUAUUUGAUGGAUUUUUCACACUGUUUGAUUCAGGACAACAGGAUAUUAGAUAUCUAAUGCUCAGUGUAAAUUUCACCAUACUUACUGCUGUUUUUGCAUAUUAUUUUGUUAAUUAUUUGUGGUGUUGAGUAUGUAUUUUAUGCAUGUGCUAUAGCCCUUUUUCUCUCUUCUUAAUAAAAGGAUGGAGGAUGAGGAUCCGUAUUCUAUUUCUUGAACCAA